AUGGCUUCGCGAUCGGACACAGAGCUCCUGACGGAGCAUUUUGGCUAUCCUCCUGUUAGUCUCCUCGACGAAAUCAUCAACUCCAUCAACUUCCUCGCCGAACGCGCCCUCAACUCCAUCGAACAAGGUCUCCUCAACGCGCCCCCCGCUUCCCUCGGCUUCCGCCCCAGCUCCUCAAAAUCAAAACCCAAACCCAAACCAAAACAAUCCAAAUCCAAAUCCAAACCCAGAUCCCGCGCCAACGGCACCCGCCAUAAUGGCGCCCACGAUGACUACGACGACGAGGAGGGGGAGGACCAGGAUCAGGACGUAGGAGAGGAGGAAGAAGAAGAAGAAGACGGCCCCGCACCAGGGGAAACAGACUCAGACUUCGCCGCGCGCCGACACCGUGCCGAAGUCGAAUCGGGCACGCACCAGUUGGAGACGCUGCUGUGGGCGAGUAUUGAUAAGAAUUUUGAUCGGUUUGAGAUUUAUGUGAUGCGGAAUAUUUUGUGUUUGAGGAAGGUGGAGAUGGAUUGGUUGAGGUUGGGGCAUUAUGAGGGGUUGGAUUUUUCGGGGGCUGAAGGUCAACCUACUGGGGCAGAAGGGGGAGCAGGGGUAGGAGAGGGGCAAGGGGAAACCGGGGAGGAGGAAGGGGGGAAGUUGAGUGUGGAGGGGAUUAACAGGCUUCGGCGGCGGCUGCAGGCGAGUCAGAGGUUGAAUUGUAUGCUGGUUGCGGAACGGGCAAGGAAUGCGGCGUUGUUGGGGGAGAUGCGUCGGUUGGUUGGGGUGUUGCCGGGGCAGAGUGUUAAGGCUGAACCGGUAGAUGUCGGUGCUGACGCAAAAGCCAACCCCCCAUUCGCCUUCCUCCACAACAAAGGCGACCUCACCGAAGGCGACGCCUCACGCCCCCUCACCACCACCACGGCCUUCUCCCUCUCCCAACUCUCUGCGCUACGCGAUCUAUCCGCUGCCUUACGCGAUGUCAUGACAGCGCUGGCCGAACCCACCCACGGAUCCGACGAUACCAUGGAGGAAGAAGAAGAAGGAGGAGCAGAAAAUGGGGAUGGGCAAGGGAAAGAUGGCAAAAAGAAAAAGAGUUGGCGUCGUGAACGACUGGAAUAUGUCGAGACGGCGACGAGGAAGCAUUUAGAGCAGGUACGGGGUUUGGAGCUGGGGAAGGAUGGGGAGGUUCGGGAUGGGGGUGAGUGGGAAGGGGGAGGAAGGGGGUUGGAGAGGGGGGAGGUGGAGAGUUUGGAGAGGGUGGUUGCGUUGUUGGGGGGGAGUGGAAGCGGUGGAAGUGGAAGUGGCGGUGGUGUGGGAGUGGAAGAUGGGGAUAGGAUGGAUGAGUCGUGA